AUGUUGCGAUCGUGCGUUGUAGUGCUCUACAUUUCCGUUGUGGUGCUGGCGGUUCGCGCGGUGCGUUAUGAUGAUGAGUAUGAAGCAACCGUGGCUCUGCUGCCGAACGAUCUGUUCUGUGAUGAACCGAUUCAGAAGGCAUCGAUUGAGCAGGAAUCGAGUAAGCAGGAGCCUCCUUUGGAAGUCGCUACACCCCAGCAGGUGAUCCAGAAUCGACUCAUAAAGUUCAAACAAACGGUGGAUCAGGCUGUCGAGAAUGCCAGGCGCAGUUGUCAGGAGAAGCAGAAGCUCCCGGUGAACUACUUCCUGUACACCAUGCCCUUGUUGUCACUACUGGCAGGUGUGAUGCGGACAGAAGGAUUUCCAAGGGUCGGGUUCGAAAAGUUCGAAAUGCCCCAAGGCAAACAAGGCUACGAUCAGAUGGAUGGAGGCGCCGUCGGUGGCGCUUAUCAGACGGACACCGGUGGCAACGAUUCGCCGAUGUCGUUCGAAGAGAUCGAGCGGCCUCCUUUACGCCACGUCGACAAGUACGUCCGAGCGGAGUGUCCCUGCAUCAAGACGACCCGGUACACGAUCUCGCUGAUGACCUGUCUUGGGUUCAUCAUUUCGUUCGGCAUGCGCUGCAACAUGGGUAUGGCCAAGCUGCAGUUUGAGAAUGGGUCAGUUAAGUACAACUGGACCGUCGCGAUGGAAAGCGCCGUCGAUUCGUCCUUCUUCUGGGGCUACCUGGUAACGCAAGUUCCCGGAGGUUUUCUGGCCUCGAUGUUCCCAGCUAACCGCAUCUUCGGCACGGCCAUCGCCAUCUCAGCCUUCCUGAAUCUGCUCGUCCCAGGCGCCAUGAUGCUGCACCCAACCGUCGUCAUUUUGGUGCGCGUCUUGCAGGGUCUAGUUGAGGGCGUCACCUACCCGGCUUGCCACGGUAUCUGGCGCUUUUGGGCACCACCACUCGAGCGAUCUCGAUUGGCUACGAUGGCGUUCAGUGGUUCGUACGCAGGUGUCGUGAUAGGUAUGCCAAUGUCCGGCAUCCUAACCGGUUCGAUCAGCUGGCAUGCACCGUUCUACUUCUACGGUGUGAUGGGCCUAAUCUGGUACUGCUUCUGGUUAUGGUUGUCAUUUGAGAAACCGCGCCAACAUCCGACCAUCUCCGUGAAGGAGUUAAAGUACAUCGAAAAGUCACUCGGAGAGUCGGUACAGCUACCGAUGCCUACCAUCGCGACAACUCCGUGGCGCCACUUCCUAACCUCAAUGCCCGUGUACGCGAUCAUUGUGGCGAACUUUUGCCGCUCGUGGAAUUUUUAUUUGCUGGUGCUGUACCAAAGCGCUUAUCUGAAGCAUUCGUUCGACUUCCGGAUUGAGGAGACGGGAUUGCUGGGAGCACUGCCACAUCUGCUGAUGACGAUCAUCGUCCCGUUCGGAGGUAUGUUAGCUGAUCACAUCCGAAAGACAGGUCUACUUUCAACCACCAACGUACGGAAGCUGUUCAACUGCGGCGGAUUCGGUCUUGAGGGGCUUUUCUUCCUGGUCGUGGCUCACGCCACGAGUUCCAUGGGUGCCGUGACAGCUCUGACGCUCGGUGUUGCCUUCAGCGGGUUUGCCAUAUCCGGUUACAACGUCAAUCACCUGGACAUCGCGCCCCGAUACGCGAGUAUCCUGAUGGGAAUGUCCAACGGCAUCGGCACGAUAGCGGGCCUGAUCUGUCCCAUUGCGAUAGACCAUCUCACCCGGGGGCAGCCAAAAUCAUGCUGGUCGACGGUGUUCACGAUAGCAGCAACGGUUCACCUGGUCGGUAUCAGCUUUUACGCCAUAUUCGCGUCAGGUGAGCUGCAACCGUGGGCGGAACCAACUCUCGACGAGCAACGAGCCUGGGACCCGGUUGGAGCAGGCUUAGAGAAGGAGACCACAUUCAACGAUGCAGGUGACGGUGGACCAGGCGGCGGGAACGGGACCAUGGAUCCAACGGCUCAAAUCAACGCCUCCAAAACGGUCAGCUACGGUGCGGUCCAGCAACACGUGGCCGGCAAUCCUUUCGCUUAUCCAAAUACUAUCAGCGAGGAACCGGUGCAACCAGAAGCUAGGGACACGUACUUACACGGAAAUCCCACCGAGCGUACCUAUUGA